AUGACAACUCCAGUGAACCGUUCAACUGUUCCUUUGUUGGCUUAUGAUCCGAUUUUCGAUCGAACGAAAUGUCUUGAUUAUGAUGGAUAUUUCUGGGCGGCGAUCGAUUACGGAUUGAUCUACGGGGUCAACGGGUUGCCCAUCCCCACCCCGUUCACCGAAAUUCGACGAGUACCGAUGGCUUUCUUCAUGUGCUUUAUGAAAUCAUCCGAGUUGAGGAAAAAGCUCGAUAGACGAUUAUCAAUUAUGUUGAUCGUCAAUCACUCUGUCACCGUAACUUAUUUCAUAUUCAACCAAUUAGCCAACAGUCUCAUCGUUGUCACUUGGCCCGUUUACUAUUUUCUCAUCAUGAAAUUGCCGUUGUUUUUGCUGAAUCAAGCCAUCAGUUGCAUUGUCAUUGCUUUCUAUCUGGAGCGAAAACGGAAAGGCGUGAUUUCAGUCGGAGCGAUAAGUUCAGCGAGAAUUCGU